GGUCACGAUACUACUUCGAUGGCAAUAUGUUUUUCUCUGAUGGCACUUGCAAAUGAAGAAAAUAUUCAAAAAGAAAUAUUGGAAGAAAUCGAAGAAGUUCUCGGACAUUCCGGGAAAUUGCCUACGUAUAACGACCUUGCUGAAUUGAAAUUUAUGGAGAGAUGUAUUAAAGAAUGCUUAAGAUUGUAUCCGAGCGUGCCUCUCAUAGCGAGAGUCGCUGGCGAAGAUAUCAAAACACACACCGGCUAUAUAAUACCCAAAGGAUGUGACAUUAACAUUUACAUCUACGACUUACACCGGUCUACUCAGCACUGGGAAAACCCGGAAAAGUUCGAUCCCGACAGGUUCUUACCCGAACAUGUUGCGAGGAGACAUCCCUUUGCUUAUUUACCCUUCAGCGCUGGAUUUAGGAAUUGUAUAGGUCAAAAAUUUGCUAUUUUGGAAAUAAAGGCUGCGCUAUGUGGUAUACUAAGAAAGUUUAAAUUAGAAGCUGUAGACACACCACAACAGAUAAAGUACAAAUCCGACUUAGUCUUAAGGCCUGUUGGAGAAGUUAGAGUAAAAUUUGUUUUACGAAAAUAAAGGUUUUUCCAGUUUUA